UGUCCGUCACAUCAGCUCCGCAACACCGGCUGAAGACAACCAGGAAAUUAUAUUAAGCGACAGCUGUAAGAGUGUUUAUCGCCAUUUAUUUUCCGGGUAAGAAACAUUGUAUUCCUGUAAUACAGCUACCUGUACUGAUACUAUAACGUAUUUUGCUUCAGGAGACAAUGCUUCAGUGUCUAUCGGGAGGUUCAUGUAUGCGUGUGGUAGAAGGUUACAAGUCUACGUGGUAUUUUUUGGUCUUGGUGCUGGCGUAUGUGCUAUAUCUGAUAUUCGGGGCUUUGGUGUUCUCCGCGGUGGAACUGCCGAAUGAGGAGCUACUUCGACAGGAGCUUCGGACUAUAAAACAGCAGUUUCUACAGGAUAAUGAAUGUGUGUCUGAUGAGAGACUGGAGGAGUUUCUGGCCAGAGCACUAGAGGCGAGUAAUUACGGUGUGUCGGUUCUCAAUAAUGCCACCACUAACUGGAACUGGGAUUUCACAUCAGCGCUUUUCUUCGCCAGCACAGUGCUUUCCACGACAGGGUAUGGCCACACGGUGCCUCUGUCGGAUGGGGGUAAGGCCUUCUGCAUUAUUUACUCAGUGGUGGGCAUCCCAUUCACCCUCCUGUUCCUGACUGCUGUGGUGCAGAGGAUCAUGGAGUUCAGUACGCGCAGGCCUGUGGAGUAUCUGCACCGGCGCUGGGGAAUGUCCAAGCCUCUGCUGGCAGCCCUGCAUGCUUCCCUGCUGGCCUUUAUUAUCAUCUCCUGCUUCUUCCUCAUACCUGCCAUCAUCUUCUCAGUACUGGAAGAGGAUUGGAAUUUCUUGGAGUCCUUCUAUUUUUGCUUCAUCUCUCUUAGUACCAUUGGCUUGGGCGACUAUGUGCCAGGAGAGGGCUACCACCAGAGGUUCAGAGAACUCUAUAAAUUGGGCAUUACCUUCUACCUGAUAGUGGGCCUGAUCGCUAUGUUGGUGGUUCUGGAAACCUUCUGUGAACUUCAGCAGCUGAAGAAGCUCAGAAAGGUGUUCUACGUGAGGAAACAGAAAACAGAGGACCAACUUAACAUUGUGGAUCAUGAUCACCUCUCCUUUGCCUCUGUGUCUGACCAGGCAUCCUCAUUUAGAGAGGAUAAAACUGAUGUAUUUUCAGAUGCCUCACCCACUGCUACCCCUAACGGACCAAUGGACCGAUAAGGUUCUGCAAGCAUCCAGAUAUACUGUGUCUAGAAUCCUUUGAAGCAUGAUACGCUAAUAAUAUUUCUGAUUAUAUCUCCACUAAGAGCAUAAAUGUAUCGUAGUUGUACUCUACUAUCAAGUUCACAGAAAACUCCUGUAGCUAUGGAUCCUUGAAAUACAGACUGAAGUUAAUUUAUUGAGGAAAAGGAUUAUAUGAAUGUUUAGAAAACACAAAAAUAUGUCCAUGCAGCUUCUGAAAAACAUGAUGUGACCAUAGCAGAAUUGUGUGUGUAUGUGUAAAAGAUAAAUCCAUCCGUGACUUCGGAAAAUAAAUAGUUAAUGGGUAAGUCGUCAUAGACUAGCUUUACAUAUUCCUUGUACUUGUUAGGUGACUAAAAAGGGAUGCAAAUCGUAUAUAAUAGUUUUACUGUUGUAUUAAUGCAGAUCAUGUCUUCAAGUUACCAAGUGUAUACUUGUGUAUGCUAAAUUGCUUUAUUUUUAGAAUGUACAGGGGCAGGUCCCAAGUGACAUUAUUUUAAAAUGUACUUUCCUGUUAUUGCUUGAAUACCUCAUAAAGGGAAAUUAAAAAAAUUAAAUAUAAUUGUGAAGGGAUUUAGAAAAUAAAAAAUUAUAAUUAUUUAAUUAAUUAAUAAUUUUUUUUUUUUUUUUUUUUUUUUUGGAAGCAGUGCUUUUUAAUGCAGUAAGCAUUGUCCACCACUGGGGGUAAUGUUGUGCAUUGAGUGCCAUUACUGUUGGGUUGUAAGCAAGGAAUGCAAGUCACUACAGAUAGUGAAUCUGUAUGUUGUUAAGAUCUACUGGGUAUAUUGAUGAAGGAAAAUGUAUCGUAUCUUAUUUUAUUAUUCAUUUGUAGUUCUCAGUUUUUAUUUUAUUGUCAAUUUUAUUGCAUAUGAAAGUUAUGCAUUUUACUUUAACAAAUCUGAAUAAACUGGUGAUUUGUGA